AUGGGCUACACCAUCGGCAACAUCUAUGUCAUCACCACGGUGGCCGUCGUCGGCGGCGCACUGUUCGGUUUCGACAUUGCCUCCAUGUCCGCUAUUCUUGGCACUCAGCAGUACAAAUGUUUCUUCAACCAGACCGGAAUCACAAAGGGCCAAUGUGGUGGCCCGACCUCGGCCAACCAGGGUGGUAUCUCGGCCGCCAUGCCCGGUGGCUCGUUCCUCGGCGCUCUGGUCUCCGGUAUCCUGACCGACUGGAUCGGUCGUAAGCGCUCCAUCCAAGCUGGCUCUAUCAUCUGGUGCAUUGGUAGCGCCAUCGUCUGUUCCUCUAUGAACAUCGGCCAGCUCGUUGCCGGCCGUUUCAUCAACGGUGUCUCCGUCGGUAUUCUCUCUGCCCAGGUCCCUGUCUACGUCGCCGAGUUGGCACAGCCCUCCAAGCGUGGUACCGUCGUCGGCGCCCAGCAGUGGGCCAUCACCUGGGGUAUCCUGAUCAUGUUCUACGUCUCAUACGGCUGUAGCUUCCUGGCGGGCAACGCCGCCUGGCGUACCCCCUGGGGUCUGCAGAUGAUCCCCGCCGUCAUGCUCUUCUGUGCUGUCUUCUUCCUGCCCGAGUCUCCACGUUGGUUGGCCAAGCAGGAUCGCUGGGAGGAGGCCCACGAGGUGCUGGCUCUCGUCCACUCCAAGGGUGACAAGAACGCCCCCUUCGUGCAGACCGAGUUGUCUGAGAUCCGCGAGAUGGUCGAGUUCGAGCGUGCCAACUCCAAUGUCAGCUACCUCGAUCUCUUCAAGGGCGACAUGAUCUUCCGCACCCACGUCGGCAUGUUCACCCAGAUCUGGUCCCAGCUCACUGGCAUGAACGUCAUGAUGCUGUACAUUACCUACGUCUUCGGUAUGGCCGGUCUCAAGGGUAACGCCAACCUGGUCGCCUCGUCCAUCCAGUACGUGAUUAACGUGGUCAUGACCAUCUUCGCCCUGGUCUUCAUUGACCGCUGGGGCCGUCGCACCCCGCUGCUGGUUGGCUCGACUCUCAUGAUGACCUUCAUGUUUGCUAACGCCGGUAUGAUGGCCUCCUACGGCAAGCCCGCUCCAGCCGGCGGCGUGGGCGGCACCCCGGAGGAGUCGUGGGAUAUGUCCAAGGCCCCCCACGCUGCCAAGGGUAUCAUUGCCUGCACGUACCUGUUUGUGGCCUCGUACGCGCCCACCUGGGGACCCGUUAGCUGGAUCUACCCUCCCGAGCUGUUCCCGCUGCGCCUGCGCGGUAAGGCCGUUGCCGUGUCGACCGCGUCGAACUGGAUCUUCAACUUCGCUCUGUCCUACUUCGUGCCCCCGGCCUUUGAGAACAUCCAGUGGAAGACCUACAUCGUCUUCGGCGUCUUCUGCUUCGCCAUGACCGUCCACGUCUUCUUCCUCUUCCCCGAGACCGCCGGCAAGACCCUGGAGGAGGUCGAGACCAUGUUCACCACCCCUGGCCUGCGCGCCUGGAAGACCGAGGUGCAGUUCCAGCACGUCCGCAAGCUUGAGCAGGGCGCGAUCACCUCCGACAAGCUGGGUCUGGCCGAGGAGGCUCACGAGCCCGUCGCUGCCGACACCAAGGACGUCGCUGCCGAGCCCGAGAAGGAGACUGCUACUGCCACGCAGGUCGAGUAG